AUGGCUCCGACCCAAGGAGCACCGACUAUCGCAUCAUGCGCCGUUCAUGCGCUCAUCAUUGCUAUCGACCGCUACCAACACGAACCCAUACCAAGUUUGCGUGGCUGUGUCAACGAUGGCAAGGACUUCCAGAAGUUUCUUAAACAGUCGCUGAAUGCCUCGCCUACCAACAUCCUCACGUUGACUAACGAAUCCGCUACGCGGGACAACAUCCUCGCUGCGUUUGAAGGCCAUCUCAUCCACAACGAGCGGGUCAAACAAGGCGACCUCAUCUUUUUCUUUUAUGCGGGUUAUGGCGAUUGCGUGGACGCUCCGGAGGACUGGGGCAUGGAGGGAAAGAGAUCGGAAACCAUUUGUCCCUUCGACGAGUCAGCCUUUGAAGGUCAACUUCCUUCUGAUGAUGGCACGAUCUACCCCAUUCCCGCCCGGACAUUCAAUGUUCUGAUGCGCCGAUUGGCAGAGAAGAAGGGAGAUAAUGUGGUCGCAAUCUUCGACUGCAGCUAUUCGCGCGGAGGCUCUCCAAAUAAUGCUGCAUGUACUACUAGCGUGCUGUCGCGAUCCCUGCCCGGUACCCUUCCAAGGCUUCCACUGCCCACGAGUCUUGACAAGGAGGUGCUCGCUGAAUCCUCCGACGGCGGCGCUACCUUCGCCGCACUGGAUGGCUUCGGAUACCGCGGUAUGACGUCCCACAUACUGCUAUCUGCAUGUCAGCCCGAGGAAACCGCCAUGGAGAGUUGUCCUGUAGACGGUACCGUCAGUCGGGGGCUUUUCACUGUCAACAUCCUGGACGUCCUCCGAGGCCAGGCGGUCGUUCAGAAGUCCUCUCGCACCACCUAUGCGAGCCUAGUGGAUGUAUUGUCUACGUCGAAGCAGGAUCGGAUGCUCCACUUCGGGCUUCGUCACCAGCACCCCUUUUGCGAAGGUGAACACAAGGACCGCUUGUUGUUCACGGUUGACGCAGUGGGUGACUCCGAGUCCCACCCUUUCUCCAUCACGUACGAGUCCGGCGCGUUGUACGUGUCGGCGGGCCAUAUACAUGGAGUAACGGAGAGUACGACGUGGUUCGUAUGUUUGCUGCCAAAUGCGGACCCCAACAGUAGUGUCAUGCUCGUCGCCAUCAAGGUCUUGGCUCGUCGUUCGCAGGUUUAUUGGCACUUCACAAAAGACCGUUUGUCGCGACCACUGGAGGCGCUUCAUGGUGCUAAGGCCAGUAUUACCAUCUUCGACCCCGAGCCUGUCGAAGUCGUGUUACGCCCAGAACCCACGAUCGGACAGAUCAAUGCAUUUGCGUCGGGUGGCGUGGAGGUCACGACGCAUAGCACCGUGACGACGCAGGAAUCCCAUCUUAACGGCCCUCUCACUCAGCCGCCAGAUACUCGCAUCUUCGCCCUUGUCAUCGCCAUCGACAAUUACCAAAAUAAGAGCAUCACUCCGCUUCAGGGUUGUGUCAACGACGGCAACGACUUCGUCAAAUUUCUGACGGAAACUCUGGGAGUCCCCCUCGCACGAAUCGUCAAACUCGUCAACGAGGAUGCAACGCGCGAAGCUAUCCUCCGUAACUUUCAACAGCAUCUCAUCUCGAACUCUGACAUCAACCGCGGUGAUGCUGUAGUGUUCUUUUAUGCUGGCCAUGGGGAUCGCGAAAAGGCCCCUGCCCUAUGGAGUAUCAGGAAGGGUGACAUGGUUGAGACAAUCAGCCCAUACGACGUGCAAACGAAGAACGGGCAGGAAGCGGUCCAUGGCAUCCCGGACCGGACGUUCGACUGGCUCAUGCGGCGUUUGGCACAGGAGAAAGGAGACAACAUACUUGCGAUAUUCGACUCGUGCCAUUCUGGGGGCAUGGCGCGCGGUGAACCACCGGUGCCUGGCAGAACGCGCGCGCUGGGUCCUGAAGUGAAACGCUACCCCAUCAGCGAGACGCUCGAUCAGGCCGUAUGGACUUGGCGCCCUAAAGGCGAUAUCGAUCGCGACGCGAGACCGGUCGUCUCUGAGGGCUUUUACUAUGCGGCGCGGAACUCACACGUCCUUCUGGCAGCCUGCAGAGAGGAUGAGAAGGCGCGCGAGAACGAGGUCGUCGUCGAUGGAGACGGCCGGCGCCGCUCCCGUGGGAUGUUUACCCACUACCUACUCAUGUUCCUGCGGAGGGCAUAUGCGCAGAAGGAAAUCCUCUGUCAGCUCACGUACGCACGUCUCAUGGAUGCUUUGGUGGGCGCAGAGGCCGUAGAGCUUUGCAGAGUGCCUUUGCUCGGGCAGCACCCGAUAUGCGAGGGCAACCAUAAAGAUCGACUGUUACUCACACAAAAUGAGCUGGCAGGAGAGGAACACUCGUUUGCUAUCAAGCGGGACGAGAACGGGAUACUUCGGGUGGCUGCAGGAAGUAUCAACGGCGUCGUCAAGGGCACACAGUUCGCUUUGCAGGCUUCGCAGGGCAUCGUGUUCACGACAACACAGGUCGACGCACUAGAGUGCACAGUCGCGGUACAACUUGACAAUUCGGAGGCACCUGUCAUUCUACCCCACACCAGAGUGGUGGUGUCGGCUUGGAGGUCAAUGCCGAUGAAGGUUCGGACCACGGUGGAACUGCCGAUAGGAGGUAUUCUCAGCUACAGCAAGACGAAAUACGGCGAGUAUUACGAUGUCUCCCUUGACAAGAGUUUCGACCCGAGCACUGGUCCGAAGGACCCGCUUCUGCGCUGGGUGGUUGGACGACGCGACCCUUUGACGUUCCAGUUCGCACGGCCAAACACAGUAUGCUGGCGUCCUCUGGAGGCGAGCGUGGUCCUUGACAUAGUGGCUCGCUGGAACUUCCACUUGUAUCGAUUUAGCGAUCCCGCAUCUUUGUCGCGCCAAAUUCGACCGAGGGUGGAGUUGCGUGCCCUCCGGCAGACCGGAUUAGCUGCACGGCUGCUUCCGCUUAUGAUGCCGGAUGGUGACGAUAUGUUCAAGGAUGCCAGGGCCGAAGAGGUCCAGUCCUCCCUUCAUUCAACAUACACGGUCCCUGAAGUUGUGAAGGAGGCGCGGAUUUAUGACUUCGACAAGUUCUACGGUCUGACAUUAUACAACGAUUCGGAGUUUGGCCUGUGGCCCUACCUGUUCUAUUUUGACCCCAACACAUAUGCUAUACAGCCCUGGUACUUGCCACCCAAUAGCAGCGACUCUGCAAAUGCUCCGUUGCCGAGUAAAUCGGGUGAUCAGCCAGGUCAGCUUUGCAUUGGCUAUGGUAAUGGCGGGGUUGAUGCUUUCGAGUUCUCCCUGCCUUCGGGUGCCGAAAGGGACACCGGGUUCCUGAAGAUCUUCGUUUCGACGCACUACGUCGAUAUGAGGGGCAUUCAGCAAGAUGGCCUUGAUGAUGCGGAGCGGGGUGUAAAGCAGACUCCAGUCAAGCCACUGGCUGUGUGGGAUUCCUUGGUUUUAUCCGACGAUCUGCACGGAGUUGGCAUGGAAUGA